CUCGUGUAUCUAUAGUUUCCUUCUGUUUUGAAACCCAAGCUUAGUGAUUUAGUUCCUUGAGAAAUAUUCUAUUGGUAUUUGAGAAGUGUUUCAAGUAUAAAUCUUUAACUUUCCGAAGAUGGAGAAAAGAGUCGCUUUGGAGUUACGAGGAAGAAAUCCGUCACAGGUCAGGGAGUUGAACUUGGAUAACUGCAGGAGUACCAACAUAGUUGGCCUCACAGAUGAAUAUGUCAACUUGGAAAUUCUCAGCCUUAACAAUGUGGGCCUAACCACCCUCAAGGCCUUUCCAGCGCUCCCAAAGUUGAGGAAACUAGAGCUCUCUGACAACAGAAUAUCCAAUGGUCUGAAUUUCCUCAGUGGUUGCAAGAAGCUGACACACCUUAACCUCUCUGGAAACAAAAUUAAAGAUCUGGAGACACUGAAGCCUCUUAAAGAAUUUGAAAACUUGAAAAACCUUGAUCUGUUCAAUAAUGAAGUCACCGCUAUUGAAGAUUACAGGAGUAAGGUGUUUGCAUUACACCCAUCACUAAAGUAUUUAGAUGGUUUUGACAAAGAAGAUAGAGAAGUAGAAGACAGUGAUGAGGAAGAAGAAAUGAAUGGAAACAAUGAUAGUGAUGAAGAAGGGUCAGAUGAAGAAGAUGACGAUGAUGAUGAUGAGGAGAUUUCUCUAAGAGCAGUCUACAAUGAGAAUUUGGAGGAGGAGAGCUCUGCCAGUUCUCUAUACGAAGGCACUGACGAGGAGGAGGAAGACGAUGACGACGAGGACGGUGAAAAUGACGCCGAUGCUGACCACAAUGAUAAGGCACAAGAUGGUGAAGAUAAUGAGGCAGCAGACGGAGAACCGGAGGAGAGCACUCGGGGUAAAAAGCGAAAACACGAGGACGAUGACGACAAUUGAGUUGCCUUAGCGGAGUAACGUACUAGUUUGUAAGUGUACAGCGCUCCGAUACAUCGGACAAUAAACCUCCUCAGCACCCACCAGUCACUAUUCACUCCCCCUAGUUGUCAUUCGUGAGAUUAGUUCGGGCUCUCUCCGGCGACCUCAUCCGCACUACCACACUACCCCCAAUCGACGUGUUUACUCCAAAGGCAAACAAUGUUUUCUCCCAUUAUUAAUCAAUGUUGAUGUCUUGUGUGAAAUCUGUAGUUUGUUGUCCGACAAGUUAAUGUUUCAAUUAAAUUGUUUAUGUAGUAAUAUUUUUUUAUUCUAUUGACAUGCUUAAUUUUAGUCUAAUCAUUGAAAUGGAAGUGCAUGAUUUAGGAGUAAUUUAAAUGGCUCUCGACGAUUCUUAAAUCUACAAUUUUCAUAUGAAACAUAUUAGAUUUAAGUGGGAAGAAUGUGAGAAACUUGAGGAUUCUUCGUGUUCUUGAAGUUUAUUAUUGUUUUCAAUAUAUUCUUGGACUCCGCCUGUAUUUUAUUGAUGACCAGGUGUUAGGAUUGAUGUGAUAGAAGUCAUGAAAGUGUAUUUUGGAGUCAAUUUUCGAUCCCACAAGGACGACUAUAAAAGUACAAGCUGCAAAUGAUAAAUGCUUUUAAGUAAACCAAAAUUUCUUUUUUGUAUAGUGAUAGGAGAACAUCCUGUUUGAAGAUGAAAGUUUAGCAAAUAACCUUAGGUCAUCAUUGUUUAACAUUCUGUAUUUACAGAAAGUUGAUUAACGAUCACAAAAUUCUAAAUGAAUGCAUUUAAUUUGUUGAACUGAGGUAACCAGAUUUCGUCCUCGUUCCUUGCACUCGAGGGCGAAGUAAAAGGAACUCUUAUUUGAAUUAUUUUUUUCGAAAUCUCGCUAAUGAUAAUUAGAGAUAAUCAUAUUUUCUAGAAUAAAUCCAACGGGCGUAGUAAGUAUAAUCCAAAUAAUUAGAUCAAAUCUUUGAUGUUUCAUGAGUUCAAGAGAGUAUUUUUCUAUCUUUUUUAAAAAGAGCAAUUUAUGCACUAAAUAUAUCAAUGAUAAUAUGAAGUGUUUAGUUGAUGCAUCAUGGUGUACGUGCCAGAUAUGUUGAAGAGAAUUUUAGUUAAUAAUUUUAUUG